UCCAUCAUCGACAAUGUGCAGGCUAAGUCGGGCAUCCUUCAGACGUUCUUCGUGUUCUAUCGCGAGGACGAGACUCCUCUCAAGAUGACCGUCUCGGACACAGACUCCUUGUAUGGCCUACCAGCAGCAAUUGUCGAUAAGGUUUGGUACCACUUCCAGGACGUCGCCGAUGCGACCUCGGGCGUUGCCAAAAUAUUGCAAAGCGAGAUCAUCGUUGCUGUCACUGUGAUGGUGUCGAACUCGAUGAAGAUAUUCAGUUGGAAA